CGCCUUGGCUAGGGGCGAGAGAUCAGAACACGAUGCCGGGCUAUAUUGCUUCAGGUUGAAGGGAGCAGGCUUCCCGCUUCCUGCCUGCUCCCCCCAUCAUCGCCCUUGCGAGGUGCUAGCCUGCGCUAUACACGAUCGCCCGCAGGCGCAAGGAACACUAUGUCCUCCCCGAGCGACCCCGCACUUGACCCCCCGCGUCCCUUCCUCGACACACCCCGCGAUUCGGCGUAUGGCGACGCGUCCGUGAGGUCCUCAUAUGUGGAGAAGCCGCUCGUGGAUUCAUCCGCGAGAGAGGAAGGCGAAGCGACGCGCGCAAGCACCCCGUCUUCCAACAAGCGGAAGCUCUGCUGGGCGCUUGGAGGCUUGGCCGCGCUCGCCGUGAUCCUCUUGGCUAUCCUCCUACCCCUCCACUUCACUGGUCACCUGGGCUCGAAGGACAGCGCGAAGGGGAACACCUCGACCUCCUCUCCAAGUUCCGGCGACGUGCCUGAGGAUGCGGAUCCGGCAUCACCGGAGGCGCUCACGAGCGGCGCGAACGGCACGAUGCUGAAGCUUGACAGCGGCGAGGACUGCCAGUACAUCAACCCCUUUGGCGGCUACUGGGCGUUUGAUCCCAAGGACCCGUACGGGAGCUACGGCAAAGCGAAUGAAUGGACACCAGCGCUUAACGAGUCGUGGACCUGGGGCCAGGACAGAGUGUUUGGCGUGAACCUCGGCGGACUGUUCGUGCUCGAGCCCUUCAUCGUCCCGGCGCUCUUCCAGAAGUACGAGGGCGCCAAGGACGAGUGGACGCUGUACACGCUCAUGCGCGAGAAAGGCACCCUCGAGGAGGAGAUGGAGAACCACUACAAUACAUUUAUCACUGAGAAGGACAUUAUUGACAUCGCGGCGGCCGGGCUAAACUUCAUACGGCUGCCCAUUCCUUUCUGGGCUAUUCAAGGCAGCGUUUGGGAUGGGGAGCCAUUCCCUGAGGGUCUGUGCUGGAAGUACAUCCUCCGCAUCGUCUCUUGGGCGCGCAAGUACGGCCUCCGCAUCAACAUCGACCUGCACACCGUCCCCGGCUCGCAGAACGGCUACAACCACUCCGGCAAGCUCGGCCAGGUCAACUUCCUGCGCGGCUCCAUGGGCCUCGCGAACGCGCAGCGCUUCCUCGAGUACGUGCGCGUCUUCGCCGAGUUCUUCGCGCAGGACGAGUACCGCGACGUCGUCACCAUGUUCGGCAUGAUCAACGAGCCGCUCCUGGCGCAGAUCGGCCGCGACGCGCUGAACAGCUUCUACUUGGAGGCGUACAACACAAUUCGCGCGAUCACGGGCACUGGCGAGGGGCAUGGGCCGUACUUGGUGAUUGGGGAUGGGUUUGGCGGAUUGCAGAGCUGGGUGAGGACCUUCGAGGGCGCAGACCGAUUGGUGUUGGACCAGCACCCCUACAUCGCGUUCGACGGCAGCCCGAACAACGAGCCCAUCGCGACGGGCACCGAUCUCACGGACGCGGGUGGCCACUGGCCACUCGAAGCUUGCAAUCGUUGGGGCGCAAACUCAAACCAAUCUAAUGCCAACUUCGGCGUGACCGUCGCCGGCGAGUUCAGUUGCGGGUACAACGACUGUGGCCUCUACGCGCGCGGCGUCGGCAACGGCGCCAUGUACGGCGGCGACUGCAGCCUCUUCGAGGACGCCAGCCAGUGGAACGCGACCAUGAAAGCUGGCCUCAAGACCUUCAUCAUGGCGAGCAUGGAUGCGCUCAACGACUGGUUCUUCUGGACGUGGAAGAUCGGCAACUCGUCCGCGGGCAUCGUUGAGGCGCCCCUCUGGUCGUACUCGCUCGGGCUGCAGGAGGGGUACAUCCCGCGUGACCCCAGGCAGGCGCGUGGUGUGUGCGACGUGCUGGGCGGGGAGCGGCAGCCGUUUGAUGGGGAAUAUGCGCCGUGGGCGACGGGAGGCGCUGGGGCGGGGGAGCUGGCGGCGACCUACCCGUGGCCGCCGGCGACGAUCAAUGCGGUGGAUGGCGCACAGGCGCCCGCGACGGCGCUGCCGACCUAUACGGCGACGGGAGCAGUGCCGACGCUGCCCGUGACCGCGACGUUCUCGGACGCGCGCAGUAUCGGCGGUGACGGCGCAGGGAGUGGGUGGUAUGCGACGCAGGAUAAUGCACCGGCGGUGACGCCUGUCGCUGGCUGCGAGUAUCCGGACUCUUGGGACGCUCUGGACGUACCUUUGCCUGCGACGACAUGCACGUAGUUCAUGACUUGUGGAAUGGAUCUGUAUGUAUUGGACUACUUCCCCAACUGAUGUGUGUGGCUCAUGACGAUUGUGUCGUACGCUGGCAGCUUCGUCUGGAAUACCCAUCUUUUACUGUAUUAUUGAUCAGGCAGCUGCAGGUGUUGACGUUCAGCGCCAUAAUAUCCUCUUUGAAGGCUUGUGGGCUAAGAUAGCUACGACAAAUUAUCUGCUGG